CCGUCGUCGUUGUCGCCUUCGUACGUUUUCGUGGCCCGUUAUCGGCCUGCGAGAUAACGCUGAUCGGCCGCCGCGGCCCGAUACCGAGCAUCGGCAUCGACAUCGGCAGUCGGUGAGUCGGCGGUGGAUGUGCGCGGAUCUACGACGAUUAUUGUGCACCUGCGCCCGCGAAAGAAGCACGGCAAGAGCACGAAAAUGGCGGCCACGCAUCUCGACGUCGGCCUUCGCUGCAUCAAGUAUCUGCUGUGCGCAGUCAACUCCCUCUUCGUGCUGACGGGGAUAAUGAUAAUAUCGGUCGGCACGACCAUCUACGCCGUUUAUGAGAACUUUUCGCAUUUCCUGGACCCGAGAUACUUCUCGCCGGCCACGCUCCUUAUCGUGGUAGGGAUAUUCGUGUUCAUAAUAGCUUUCAUGGGAUGCUGCGGCGCGCUCCAGGAAAGCACUUGCAUGGUUCUUGUGUUUGCAGUCUUGCUGUCGAUCGUGUUGUUGCUGGAGCUGGCCGCCGCAGUUGCUGCAUACGCCUUGCAGGACAGCAUCCAGGAUCUUCUAGAAGAGAAGAUCAACGUAACGAUGCAUGAGUACGGGAAUAACAAAGAGGCCACGGCUGCCAUUGAUUUCUUGCAAUCUAGGUUACGCUGUUGUGGAUACAAUGGACCUCAGGAUUGGGAUGAUAAUUCGCUUAACAAUACGCGUAUAAUGAAUUCCUGCUGUGACUUUAUAUCUGUGUAUCCCGCUGAAGACAUUUGUCCGGUGGAAGACAGAUACCAAGCAGGUUGUAUCAGUCGCCUGUCCAUUAUUAUCCAACGCAGUGCGCUUUAUAUCGGUACAGGAGCCGUAGCGAUCGCUCUCAUUCAGUUGACGGGAAUCAUGUUUGCGUGUAUGUUGGGUCGAGCCAUCAGGCGCCAGAAAACGGAGAGGGAAAGGCGUCGUUGGGAAUUACGAGAGAAUCUCGUAAACGGUUACGAACCGUUGGGAAAGUCGGAUCCCUUGACUACGUUCCCCAUAGUGUACAUGUCACCGGAAUAUCCGCUUAAAAGCGAACAAAAGUGUUAACACAAUUCCUGGAAUGAGAUGUCUCGUUUUUAAGAACCAUAAACCGAAUGUGUUAAUAUUCUGCGAUAUAAAAAGUGAACUUAUAAAACCAGAAAUAAUCUUCUAAUUGUCCUCAUGAGGCAAGAAUCUACAAAAAUUGAAUAAUAGUUUUCUACAACAUAUUAAAACAUCUUACAAGAAUGAAUACUUAUUAUUUUUGACAACAUUUUGACUAACUUUUGUUCGGUGAGUUAUUGCUGGGUAAUAUGUGCGUGAGGAACUAAUACUUAACCAAAAACAGAUUGUGAUUUAUAAUUUAUAAAUUAUAUAUUUUCUUACACAUAUAUAUAGCGCCAUAGAUAUGUACAAACCUAAAAUUGUUUAAAAGUCAAAUUCUGUUUGCUCUGUUUACUUUAGAUAUUUUGUACGAAUAAAUAUUUCAAUAUUCAAAGAAAUAAAGUAACUAAUACUUGAUUAAAAGUAUUUGUUACGUAUGCAUAAAGAGAGAUAUUCAUUUGCAAAUUUAUUAAGCGAGUUGUUGCAAGAAUUGUUGCCAAUACUUACUGUAUAUUACUAUGUAUAUUUAUGUUUAAAAUAAAUGUCUUUAUUCUAUUAAAGUA